GUGUUAUUGAAACAAGAGACGGCCACAGCAAGGGAAAGCGAGAGGGGUUUUUAUAACCUGCUUCUUUUCGAAGAAACGUUUCCGCUGGGAAAGUGAUUAUAGUCUCUUUCGCGUGGGAAGAUCGGGACAAGUGCAAACUUGACUCCCUGAAGCUCUUAACCCCCUAAUUCCUCCCGAGCAGACCUUGGGCGUCUGCUUCCAUUUGUUUCCCAGGAUUAAAACAGGAUCCUCCCAGCGGUGCCCUCUCGCCAAGAACUUCCAGGUCAGCUGGAAGGCGUCCAUAGGAUUUCGGAAGGCCGGGAAGCGGGAGGGGUCUCUAUAGGGAGAACCAUUCUCUGCUUUCCACAUUAAAUCGCUGGCGGUGGGUCCUUCCGUGGAGGGAGGGAAGUGCAGUUUACAGGCUGUGCUGGGAAGGCAGCGGCGCUGGAGGAGCUGCGAGAAAAGCGUUGCGCGGAUCCUGCCCUGCGCGCCUGUCUUGCGGAACGGAGCCCGGCCGAAGGGCAGACAGAUCCACCUUUCCCUGCGCCCGAGGAGGAUUCAGGAUAGAGGAUGCUGGCCAAGAGAUGGCAACACCUUUUCUAAAAGCCAGAAAGGAAGUUGCUGAAAGGAUGAGUGAAAAGGAAAGGCCUGAAGAAAAGGAGUUAAAAGAGGAGCUGGGGAAAUCCUCUAGUUCCCAAUAUGCAGGUAUCAGCGUUUCUUUGCACAAUGAUGAUGACCAAGAAAAAGGAGCAUGUCCAGGAUGCGGAAAAAUACUCAGAGGUGAAUUGGGAUUCUGUGACUGUUAUACAAGCCAUCCCCUUACGUUCCAUAAAAACAUUCCCAAAACAGAGGAUCCACACCAACUCCUGGAAUUGGGGGAAAAAAUCAGUCAGAAAAAUCACCUGAAUUCACAUCACCGUGUCCACGAAGAGAGGAAGCAGCAUCAAUGCAUCACCUGCGGAAACAGCUUCAAAACCAGCUCAGCCCUUAUUUCCCACCAAAGAAUCCAUAGAGAUGAGAGGGUUCAUCAAUGCAGGGAGGGUAGAACGAGGUUUCCUUGGAGCAAGGAACCAAAUUCCAGGGAAAAAAGCCCCACUGGGAAUAAUUCAUGUAAAUGCCUGGAAUGUGGAAAGAGCUUCCGCUCUGCAACUCAUCUCACUUUCCACAAUAGGAUCCAUACAGGGGAAAAGCCAUAUCAUUGCACGGUGUGUGGAAAGACCUUCACCCAAAAUGGCAAUUUCAAUAAACAUAAGAGGAUCCACACUGGAGAGAAGCCGUGUAAAUGCACAGAGUGUGGAAAAUGCUUCAGGACCUCCGGUGAACUUACUUGCCAUAAGAGGAUUCACACAGGGGAGAAACCCUAUGAAUGCUUGGAGUGUGGAAAAAGGUUCCCCAGAAGUUGCGUUCUAACCUCACAUAAAAGGAUGCAUAAAGGGGAGAAACCUUAUAAAUGCCUGCACUGUGGAAAGAGCUUCAGUCAAAAAGGUCACCUUAAGUCACAUGAGAUGAUCCACACGGGGGAAAAACCAUUUCAAUGCACGGAGUGCGGAAAGAGCUUCCAUUACUCUUCACACCUUACUUCCCAUCACAGAAUCCACACGGGAGAGAAGCCCUUCCUCUCUCUGAUAUGA